GCUCCGCUCCUGCCAGAGCAGCGGGGGCCGCGGAGCCGGAGCCGGAGCUGGAGCCGGAGCCGGAGCCGGGAGCCCGGGCUAGACUGGGAGCCGGAACCGGUCCGCAGUGGGGGGCUCCAGAGACAUGGGGUCCGCAGACUCCAAGCUGAACUUCCGGAAGGCAGUGAUCCAGCUCACCACCAAGACGCAGCCUGUGGAAGCCACCGACGACACCUUCUGGGACCAGUUCUGGGCCGACACGGCCACGUCCGUGCAGGAUGUCUUUGCCUUGGUGCCCGCGGCGGAGAUCCGGGCGGUGCGGGAGGAGUCGCCCUCCAACCUGGCCACCCUGUGCUACAAGGCCGUGGAGAAGCUGGUGCAGGGGGCCGACAGCGGCUGCCACUCGGACAAGGAGAAGCAGGUCGUCCUGAACUGCAGCCGGCUGCUCACGCGCGUGCUGCCUUACAUCUUUGAGGAUCCCGAUUGGAGGGGCUUCUUCUGGUCUACAGUGCCCGGGGCAGGGCGAGGAGGGGGGGAAGAGGAGGAUGAGAACGCGAGGCCCCUGGCCGAGUCCCUGCUCCUGGCCAUCGCCGAUCUGCUCUUCUGUCCAGACUUUACCGUCCCAAGCCACCGGAGAAGCACUGUGGAUUCAGCGGAGGAUGUCCACUCCCUGGACAGCUGUGAAUACAUCUGGGAGGCCGGCGUGGGCUUUGCCCACUCCCCUCAGCCUAACUACAUCCAUGACAUGAACCGCAUGGAGCUGCUGAAACUGCUGCUGACCUGCUUCUCCGAGGCCAUGUACCUGCCGCCGGCCCCAGAAAGUGGCAGCACCAACCCAUGGGUUCAGUUCUUCUGUUCCACAGAGAACAGACACGCGCUGCCUCUCUUCACCUCCCUCCUCAACACCGUGUGUGCCUACGACCCCGUGGGCUAUGGGAUCCCCUACAACCACCUGCUCUUCUCCGACUACCGGGAGCCCCUGGUGGAGGAGGCCGCCCAGGUGCUCAUCGUCACCCUGGACCACGACGGCGCCACCAGUGCCAGCCCCACCGUGGACGGCACGACCACGGGCACCGCCAUGGACGAUACUGAUCCUCCAGGGCCCGAGAACCUGUUCGUGAACUACCUGUCCCGCAUCCACCGUGAGGAGGACUUCCAGUUCGUCCUCAAGGGCAUCGCGCGGCUCCUGUCCAACCCCCUGCUCCAGACCUACCUGCCCAACUCCACCAAGAAGAUCCAGUUCCACCAGGAGCUGCUGGUCCUCUUCUGGAAGCUGUGUGACUUCAACAAGAAAUUCCUCUUCUUUGUCCUGAAGAGCAGCGACGUUCUGGACAUCCUGGUCCCCAUCCUCUACUUCCUCAACGACGCCCGGGCAGAUCAGUCUCGGGUGGGCCUGAUGCACAUCGGGGUCUUCAUCCUGCUGCUCCUGAGCGGGGAGCGGAACUUCGGCGUGCGGCUGAACAAGCCCUACUCCGUGCGCGUGCCCCUGGACAUCCCCGUCUUCACCGGCACUCACGCGGACCUGCUCAUUGUGGUGUUCCACAAGAUCAUCACCAGCGGCCACCAGCGGCUGCAGCCUCUCUUCGACUGCCUGCUCACCAUCGUGGUCAAUGUGUCGCCCUACCUCAAGAGCCUGUCCAUGGUGACCGCAAACAAGCUGCUGCACCUGCUUGAGGCCUUCUCCACCCCCUGGUUCCUCUUCUCGGCGGCCCAGAACCACCACCUGGUCUUCUUCCUGCUGGAGGUCUUCAACAACAUCAUCCAGUACCAGUUUGAUGGCAACUCCAACCUGGUCUACGCCAUCAUCCGCAAACGCAGCGUCUUCCACCAGCUGGCCAACCUGCCCGCCGACCCGCCCGCCAUCCACAAGGCGCUGCAGCGGCGCCGGCGGGCCCCCGAGCCCCUGUCCCGCACCGGCUCCCAGGAGGGCGCCUCCAUGGAGGGCUCCCGCCCCGCCGCCCCCGCGGAGCCCGGCACCCUGAAGACCAGCCUGGCUGCCACCCCAGGCAUCGACAAGCUGACCGAGAAGUCCCAGGUGUCGGAAGACGGCACCCUGAGGUCCCUGGAGCCCGAGCAGCAGCAGAGCUCGCCCGAGGGCAGCCCGGCCAAGGGGGAGCCCAGCCAGGCUUGGCGAGAACAGCGGCGGCUGUCCAGCUCAUCGGCUAGCGGGCAGUGGAACCCAACCCCAGACUGGGUGGUGUCCUGGAAGUCGAAGCUUCCUCUGCAGACCAUCAUGCGGCUGCUGCAGGUGCUGGUUCCCCAGGUGGAGAAGAUCUGCAUCGACAAGGGUCUGACGGAUGAGUCGGAGAUCCUGAGGUUCCUCCAGCACGGCACCCUGGUGGGCCUGCUGCCCGUGCCCCACCCCAUCCUCAUCCGCAAGUACCAGGCCAACGCGGGCACCGCCACGUGGUUCCGCACCUACAUGUGGGGCGUCAUCUACCUGAGGAACGUGGACCCGCCCAUCUGGUACGAUACUGACGUGAAACUCUUCGAGAUCCAGCGGGUGUGAGGACGGAUAGCCACGGCGGGCCGGUCUCGGGGAGCCCAGCCGGGUCCCCGAUGCUCCUUGCCUCACCAUCCUGAGCUUUAAUGACCGACAGCAGAGUCUGGGCCAAGCCACGGCUUCCUU